AUGUCGUCCGACAUCGUUCUUCCUGGACAGCCCGUGCCCGUGCCCCGUGGGCCCAUCCCCCGCCCCGGCACUGGCAUCUACACGCGCGACGGCGUAAUCAGAGCCAGCCUUGUCGGCGUCCCCCAACACUCAGGCUCUACGCUGGAAAUUAAGAAGAUUCGCCCCCGACCACCAGCACCAAAUUCUGUGGUGCUUGGAGCCAUCACUCGACUGUCUCCUCUACAAGCUGUGGUGUCUAUCACAGUGGUCGAUGGCGUACCCCUCCCUGCCGGCGAGGACUUCACAGGCGUCAUCAGGGUCCAAGAUGUUCGAGCUACUGAGAAGGACAAGGUCAAGAUAGCGGAUUGCUUUCGUGGAGGCGACGUUGUGAGAGGCUUGGUGCUAUCUUUGGGCGAUGCGCGAAGUUACUAUGUAACCACUGCGCGAAAUGACCUGGGGGUAAUAUUCGCAACAAGUGAAGCUGGUGCCACCAUGGAACCAGUGUCUUGGCAAGAAAUGCGAUGCCCAAAGACUGGCAAAAUCGAAAAGCGCAAAUGCGCCAAACCUGAGGGCAUGUAA